CGCUGAGAGCUCCGACAAGACACCGGCACGCAGACAGAGAGCACGGCUCAACACCGGGACCAUAAAACCGGAGCUCCAGUCUUUAUCUUUACAUACAAACGCAUUUUUUAAAAAAGCCCAUAUAAUUCGAGUAUGGUGGCUGCUUGAAAAAAAGAAAAGGAUGGCACAGAAAGACACGUUGCUGAAUCUCUUCGCCGGGGGAUGUAGUGGUACGGUGGGAGCCAUCGUGACAUGUCCCCUGGAGGUGUUGAAGACACGGUUGCAGUCCUCUGGCCUCACCCUCCGACCAGUCUUCCAGGUCCACCUGGGCACCCUAAGUGGCACCGGUAUUAUUCGACCAGGAACUGUUACACCGGGACUGCUGCAGGUCCUACGAUCAAUCCUAGAAAAAGAGGGACCAAGAUCACUCUUCCGUGGCCUGGGGCCGAACCUUGUUGGUGUGGCCCCUUCAAGAGCCAUUUACUUUGCUGCAUAUUCAAAAUCUAAAGAGAUGUUCAAUGGGCUGUUCGUCCCUAACAGCGGAGUGGUGCACAUGUCCUCAGCUGGUGUUGCAGCUUUCGUUACGAACUCUCUGAUGAACCCCAUCUGGAUGGUCAAGACCAGGAUGCAGCUAGAGAAAAAAGCCAAAGGAGAGAAGAAGAUGAACGCACUGCAGUGUGCCCGCUAUGUUUACAAAACGGAGGGGAUUCGGGGCUUCUACCGAGGCCUGACUGCAUCUUACGCUGGCAUCUCAGAGACCAUGAUCUGCUUCCUGAUCUAUGAGACACUGAAGAAACACCUCGCCGAGAGCCAGCUCUCCUCCCCGAACAGUGAAAAGGAGAAAGGAGCGUCGGACUUCCUGGGUCUGAUGAUGGCAGCUGCUGUUUCAAAGGGCUGUGCGUCCUGCAUAGCAUAUCCACACGAGGUAAUUCGGACAAGGCUGCGUGAAGAAGGCAGCAAGUACAAGUAUUUCUUCCAGACGGGGAGGUUAAUAGCGGUGGAGGAAGGCUACGCUGCUUUUUAUAGAGGACUCAUUCCACAGCUAAUUAGACAAAUCCCCAACACAGCCAUUGUGCUCUCCACGUAUGAACUCAUUGUCCAUCUGCUGGGAGACUCCAAGUGAAGAAAACACUUGAAAGUUCUCGACAAGCGAUGGAUGGCACAAAAAACCCAAAUAUCACUGGGCAAGAGACUGUUGAAAACGCAGCACACACAAUUUUUGGGUUGUGGUGCUACAGAGACUUUUACGGGGGAACCGAAGCAGGUUGAACUGUUAUCCAAAGAGCUAAACGCAUUAUUUUAUUGAAAGCUUGUCAUUUAGGAGUUUAUCAAAAAUAUCUGAAGAAUACUUGGUACUUAUUUAAACUCCAAACCUGUGAAAAAAGGUCAUCUUCUUAGAGGACUAGUGUUAAGUUAAAUAAAUUAUUUUAUGUUUUUUGUUAUUUUAUGACAGUGUUUGUUUCCUAUUAUCAGUGGUAAAUGUACCAGCACAAUGACUGCACGGUUGACUCUUUUAGUUAAUGAAGGGAAAUAAUUCAGAUAAAGUGCUACUAAUAGUGCUUUUCCUUAAUAUUCAUGACCACACGGAUCAUUUUGACAUUUCUGUUUCACAACGUGCUGGGUUUGAAGUUGGAAUUACAGAGAAAUUUGUUAUUUUUCAUUAAUAUAUAUUCAUAUAUUAUGUACAGGUUUAUCUGUAUGUUUUCUUUGUGGGGAAAAAAGAUCACCUUUUACAAUAUAAUGAGAACUUGGAUGCUUAUUUGACCAGUGGCUCAAUAAAAUGCUCCAAGAAACUUCAUCAUUUGGUGAUUCACCUCAAUACUGACGAUUCUGUUAAUGCAAAAAAAUAUACAUUUACUGUAAUAUGAGCACAAAGGCAAAGCAGGGUUGCUGCACUGUAAAGAUGGAAAAAUCAGAGUAUAUGAGGGACCAGUUGGCUGGUUCUUUUGGAUUAAUUUAAUUAGAAGUUUCUACCUGGUGCUACCAUUACGACCUGGCUAAUAAGAAAUUCACGUUCAUCCAGCCUGAAAUGCACAAUUAAGACUUUCCUUUGCUCUCCACUUGAAACACAAGGUAGUCUGUUGAUGCUUUGAUUCAAUAUCAGGAUGUGUUUUCUGAGCGUUCUUGUCCACGUGCUGUUAGUUGCAAAGAAUGUGUUUUUUUUUUUUCUCAGUGAUUCCUGCUUCACGCACAGGCACGGAUCUGGAAACAAGUCUUCCUCAAAUCAUGCCUAUAAAAGUUAUUCAGCCCCA